ACAGGAUGUCACCAGUGGGGCUCCGUACACUUGACCCCUACCGGGUGUGAGACUCUACAUGACACAUAUGCGUCUCUCAACAGCAAACCAGCAUAUGUCAGCACUAUAAAAAACAGCCUAAACCAGCUUAGACCAUCAUGGAAAUCAUGCUUGUCUGUCCUGUUUUAUUCAUCAGUGUCUUUCAGGCUGAAUUUGAAGGCACUGUCAAUAUAGCAUUCGUAUUUAAUAACAUUCAUAUCGCUAUAGUAUGCACACUAUUAAGUGUGCAUUUCUGGAAAGCUGUUCUAAGACAGUAUCUGUUGUAGAAAGAAACACAGAUAAAACUAAAUAUCACGGCAAAACAGUACCACUCCAUGUCUUACCGUGGCGCAGUAGCUUCUUCGUUUACAGGGCAGAAAAGAAGAAGCGCAAACACUUCCAGCCGAGAUAGCGAAUUGUUAUAGUGGGUUUUUAAUCAGAACUAAUUUAAAUAAUCCCUUUUUGCUUGGUUAAGCCGACUGACACGUCGUAUGGUACACGUUAGAUAAAUCCUAGCUAUAUAUAAUUUUUAAGCUAUUUGGCUUCAGCCAGUAUUAAAACUAACUUAAUGGAGGUGAAGUCGCUGGUUGGUUAUGGAGUGUCAUCUGAUUCAGAGGAAGAGGAUGAAGGAGAAAGCAGUAUACAGACAGAGAAGGAAAAAGAGGCAGAGGCAGAAGGUGAGAGGAAAAUUCAGAACUUCCAGCAGGAGUCGGUGUCAGCAGCCACUGCAUCCAGUUCUGAGUCAGAGAGAGAAGAGGACCAAGAGAAACCUGCUGAAGCUGUUUACCCUGGAGUUUUAAACUCAAAGACUCCUUCACCCUUCAGUGCCUUCACUCAUAAACUGACCCCUCCUCCACUGGGCGGAGGCAGCUUAGGUGGAUUUUCAGCUGGCAGCAGUGUGUUUGCUAACCCCUUUAAAGAGAGAGCAGAAGCGAGGCUGAAUGUGCUACGGAAACACGUCCCCCUCACACUGCAGGCCCGGCCGAUCCAAAUUGGCGGGAAAAGGAUCUGUGUAGCAUACAGAAAAAACGGCCGCUGUUGUUUUGGAAUCCGCUGUAAAUUUGCCCAUGAUAGCGAUCUGCAGAGCAGCACAGGCUUUCCCACUGAACCAGCAGGCUCUGAUAUUAGACCACUGGACCAAACUAAGUCCAAUCCUGACUACUUACGCACUUCGGACUACGGGACUUCUGCUUUGGAGAGGGGUAAGGAAGAGGAGGAGGAGGAGGAGGAGAGUCGUAAGAGGAAAAAGCACAGGGUCGGAUUCAGUGAUACGCUCAUUCCCCCAAAACGGAUGCUAAAACAGUAUGCCAUGCAGAAGAACAAACUGUAAGACCCCUGGCCCUUUGGAGAAUGGGAUUUUACAAUCACCAGUUUUUUAGGUACACUUGUACCUUCACUUAUUGGCCAUUAUAUCAGCAACAUCUAGUAGGUUUAUAAUUACAGACUGUAGCUCAUCUGUUGUUGCAGUUUAUCCAUCCAUGAAAAAGGCUGUUUAAAGAGAUUGAAAUACAGUCAUCACAGCCUUGUAAGAGAAAGCAUUUCUGAAAAUCACAAAAAUUAGAAAGCCCUCCCUUGUAGGUCCAUCUUGCUAAUGAACAGUUAGACAGAACUGCUCUGGAUUUUUGACACCAAACAUUGUCUUAGCUAUGCUGAGAAUGAUCCACCUCCCACAUAUCUGGUCAGUAGUGGUCUUAUACUGGGACGGAUUGGGUAGAGAUGGGAUACAGUAAUCAAGACCUACUAAGUGCACGUAUUAGGGCUGUACAAUAUUGACAUAAAAUGUGAUGUUUAAUAAAGCUGUUAAAUAUCAUCAUGAUAAGAGAAGGGAUAAAUUGCUAUUAAAUAGUGUGCCUUUGGA